UCUCAUUCAACCCACAUCUUUCCUCUCAACUCUACAACCUCGACGCUCGCAAAGCAUCACACGCCUUCCCUCUCUCCCCCCCCUUUCAUUCCUUCCCUCCCCUUCGCUCAUUCUUUGCCUUCCUUCGCUUUACGCCUGUUCAACUUCCCCCUCCUAACACUUACCCACACACACACCUACUUCACAACAAGGCUGUGCGAUUGCCGCCUGAGCCAACCCACAUUCAACCCAACCUGUAAGUCAUCGCUCCACCUCCAUCACUCGCACCCUUCCCCUCCACCCUCCCCCCUCUCCCCCACAACACACACCCAGGCAGUCACCCAUCUCGUGUUGGCCACACGCGUCUGCUACCAACCUCGACUACCUAAUCCGUGCCCGCACGACCACCCCUCAUUGGCCCACUCCGAGACCACCCCAUUGACAACAUUCCCUCGCCUUGUCCGGGUCCAAGCGUUGCGCUAACACCGCCUGUGCCUCCCCUCCUCCCCCCUCGCGAUUCCUUUUGCAAACAUAACAGUUUGAUUAUUCCUCGCCCUUUGUCUCAACACUUCUAGCAUGGCCGACGCGCCCGCCGCAGCUACAACCGCGGCCGGCGCGACGACGUCGUCAACUAACCCCGGCGUAACCACAAACCUUGCACCUCCCAAAGUCGCUCGUUCAAACUCUUCCGCAUCGAGCAGGAGCAACUCUUCGCAGCGUGGUGGUCGCGGGCACAAGUCUCCCGGCUCGUCGGCGUCCAUCUCGAGGUCCAACUCUAACACUUCUCAAAACAAGGGCGGCAACGGCGCAGGCGCAGGUGGGGGCGACGGUCGGAGAAGGAGCGGCAACACGACCACGAUAAGCGGUGGCACUAGCUUGGGCGGAGGCAGGGGCAAGGAUAACAUCCCUUCCACUGCUACUGCAACUGAACACAAGCGGACCCGCACAAAGGGCGGCAACGAGAAGCUGGGUCUGGGCCGUCGUGACUCGGCCCGAGUCGCACCUACAACUUCUCGCCCGUCCUCGACCAACCCCGACAACUCAAAGGACAAGAAGGGAGUAAAGGACAACAAGGAGGCGGCGGCGGCGGUGGCAGCCCCACCAACAGCGGCGUCAGAGGCCAAAGCAGCCCCUGCUGAGCCCGAGCUGAGGUCGCUUCGCGCCACCACAUCUCCACCAAUCGACGCGAUGGAGGCGGCCGUUACCGCCGCCACCAAAAAGCACGUCGAGACGCACGGCGGCGACGCUCUUAGCAGCUUGCAGCGCAUGAUCUCGGACCUCAAGGCCAUCUCCCCUACCAACUCGAACCCGGGCUCGCGCCAGGUCAGUGGUAGCAAGCACGACAAGGCGGCGUCGGUUAGUCCGACUACCUCGACCCCGCCAACGUCGGCCACGUUGCCCACCGCGCCAGUGUCUAUCCCUGCGGCUGGUGGCGCUGCUUCGUCCACAAAGCUCAAGGCCGACGCCCCGAGCUUCACGCCCGGCUCGUUGCGCUCUGGCAACUCGCCGCUUGCUUCCACUGCCACACUGUCCACUUCGGCUGGUGCACCUCCCCCCUCUAGGUCGCCGACUGGAUCUGCGCACGGCAGACGAACUUCGGCUGCCCAGUCCGUCUCGUCGCCGUUCAACUUUGCGAGCCCACCGCCUGGCGGCUUCAUCCCGUCGCCCGCCGGCUUCCCUCAGCUCCCACACUUUCCUCUUGCGGCAUCGGGGUUCCCUGGUGCCGAAGGUGGCGACGAUCUGGGUGCCUUCUCCAACGAUGCGUUCCAGCAGCAGCAACAGCUUCUCGCGGCGCAGCAGCUCCAGUUGCAGCUUCUCCAGGCACAGAUUGUCCAGCAGCAAAUUGCAGCUCAGCAGCAGCGCGAACAAGGCUUCGUCGCUCCUCGCUUCCAGGCCCUCGCCGCUCAGCGUGUUGCCCUCCAGCAGCAGCAGGCGCAGGCUGCCCAGCUUGCCGAGGCUCAGCGAUUGUUCGAGCUGCACCAGCAGCAGCAGCUCCUCCUGGCUCAGCAGCAGGAGGAGGCGACUCGUAAUGCCGCUCCUCUGGCCAGCCCCCCUGCCGUUUUCGAGGAGGACUCUCCAGAGACGACCCCUUCCCUCGGCCCUACCGGCCGACCUCAGCUCAACCCGGGCUUUACGUUUGGUAGGCGACGGGAGAGCGGCACAGACCCCAACCGCCCAGCUGUGGUUGUUAACCGCAGCGAGGGCAUCGGAGGUGCCGCUGCUACUGGUCUUGCCGGCCUCGCUGCCCGCGCUCACAAGCGCUCCGGCAGCGAGCUCACUCCAGCCAUGGAGGAACAGCUUGAGAUUCAGAGACAGAUUGAGGCCUUACAGGCCAAGCAGAAGGCAUUGAUGGCGCAGAACCGUGGCAGCCAGUCGGACAGAAUCGGCUCGAUUUCUUCGUCGCCUGGUUCGGCGGCGCCGGCUGCCCGUCACCAGCGUUCUGGCUCCAACGCCUCGGCCACGUCGCCCGUCGACACAACGUAUGGCUCUCUCCUCAAUGCCCCUCCCGAGCAACCCAUUGCGCGCUCGCUCGGCGACAUGCCCCCUCCUCCACUCCCCCCUGCCCACUCUCGCCGUCACAGCACCAACAUGUUCAACAGGGGCUUUGGCUUUGGCGGAGAGUAUGUCGAGGACGGAGGUUCGAUCAGCAUCCCCGCGGGUCAGUUUGGUGCCCACCAGCGCACUGGUAGCCGAUCUGGCUUCGAGUCGGGCAACUGGCGUAUCAACGGUGGUGGUGGUGCUGGCAACGGUGGCAACGCGGCCACCGCUGACCUCGCCUCGGCCCAGGCCCAGCUUGCAUCCCUGGCCCAGUUCCGUGCCGCUGCCGGUAGCGGCCACGCCAAGAUGGCCUCUUUCAGCUUCCCCAACAUGCUCCCCAACCUGCUCGCUGCAACUACCCUUCAGGCGCCAGCUGGCCAGUCAUCACUCUGGCAGCAGCAGCAGGCGUUCCAGAUGCAGCUCCAGCAGACAGCGCAGGGCCCUCAGCGCAAGUCGCUCUUCGCUCCCUACCUCCCCCAGGCCUCGCUCCCUCCGCUCCUCAGCGCCGGCAAGCUUGUCGUCGGUAUCCUUCGUGUCAACAAGAAGAACCGUUCCGAUGCCUACGUCGCCACCGAUGUUCUGGACGCCGACAUUUACAUUUGUGGUUCCAAGGACCGCAACCGUGCUCUCGAGGGCGACAUUGUUGCCGUCGAGCUGCUUGAUGUCGACGAGGUGUGGAGCACCAAGAAGGACAAGGAGGAGAAGAAGCGCAAAAAGGAGGAGAGCUACGACCCCAAGCCCUCGGCUUCGAGGAAGCUGGAGAAGAAGAAGGACGACAUUGAGGUCGAGGGACAGGGCCUUUCGCUGUUCGAGGACGAGGAGGUCAACGACGAGACCAAGCCGACGUACGCCGGUCACGUUGUCGCUGUCGUCGAGCGCAUGCCCGGCCAGCUCUUCUCUGGCCAGCUUGGUGUUCUCCGCCCGUCGUCGGCUGCCACCAAGGAGAAGCAGGAGGCAGAGCGUCGCGAGCGCGAGGGAGACAGGAAGACGGCACCAGCCGAGCCUGAGCCGCGUCCCAAGAUUGUGUGGUUCAAGCCUACCGACAAGCGUGUGCCUCUGAUCGCCAUCCCGACCGAGCAGGCACCGGUUGACUUUAUUGACAACCCCGAGGCCCACGCAAACAAGUUGUUUGUUGCGACCAUCAAGCGUUGGCCGAUCACCUCGCUCCACCCCUUCGGCACCCUUGUCGAGGAGCUUGGCCCCAUCGGCGAUUCCGAGGUGGAGACGAGUGCCAUUCUCAAGGACUGCAACUUCCCUACGGAAGAGUUCAGCGAGGUGGCUCUCAAGUGCCUGCCGCCGCUGCCAUGGAGCGUCCCCGAGCGCGAGUACGACGUCCGUCUCGACCUGCGCGAGGAGCGCGUCUUCACGAUCGACCCUGCUACCGCCAGGGAUCUCGACGACGCACUGUCGGUCAAGGCUGGCGACGACGGAACGUUUACUGUCGGUGUCCACAUUGCCGACGUCGGGUACUUUGUGAAAGCCAACACUGCGCUCGACCGUGACGCGCGCAAGCGUGCCACGUCGGUGUACCUUGUUCAGCGUGCCGUGCCCAUGCUGCCUCCGCUCCUCGCCGAGCAGCUCUGCUCCCUCGUGCCCGAUGUGGAGCGUCUCGCGUUCUCGGCGUUCUUUGUGCUGGACAAGGACGGCAACGUGCUGGAGAGGUCGUACAGGCGCACCAUCAUCAAGUCGACCGCGCAGCUGUCUUACGACGACGCAGCCCAGGUGCUCAACGGCGGCUCGCUCCCCAAGGGCAAGGUGUCCAACUCGCACAGCGCGUCAGAGGUUGAGAAUGACAUCAAGCUCAUCAACGACCUCGCGAGCAAGCUCCGUGAGAAGCGUGUCGAGGCUGGUGCCAUGACUUCGAGCAACAGCAAGCUUAGGUUUACGCUUGACGAGUCUGGUCGCCCUAUCGAUGUGCAUGCCGACGAGCGCACGGGUGCGACGACGCUUGUCGAGGAGUUUAUGAUCCUUGCCAACACGUCGAUCGCCGCCGUGAUCGCCAACGGUCUGCCCGAACAGGCACUGCUCAGACGCCACGAGGCCCCGAUUGACCGUCGCAUUGAGGCCUUUGUCAAGCGCGCCAAGCGCCUCGGCUACGACUUUGACGCCACCAACGCAGGCACGCUGCAAAAGUCGUUUGACAAGAUCGAGGACAAGGAGGCAGCGUUGUGCCUCCGCCUGCUGGGCAAGAAGGCUCUUCAGACUGCUCGCUACUUCUGCACGGGCAUGCUCGACAUUGCCAAGUACUCUCACUGGGCUCUGAAUGUGCCUCUCUACACGCACUUUACGUCGCCUAUCCGCCGCUACGCCGAUGUGCUCACCCACCGCAUGCUCGACUCGUGCCUGCAGAGCCCUUCGCCGAGCGACGUCAAGUUCCACAUGGACCGCGACCAGAUUGCCAAGGCUGCUCAGCAGUGCAACAUGAAGCGCCAGAGCGCCCGGCUCGCGCAGGACCAGUCUGCGCACUUGUUCCUGUGCAUGCUCAUCAGCGACUUGUCGGAGCGCUUUGGCCCCGUUAUCCGCCAGGCUCACGUCACGGCGGUGUACGACCAGGCCUUUGACAUUGUUGUUCCCGAGUUUGGCCUCGAGAAGCGCGUGCACGUGGACAAGAUGCCGCUCGAGAACAGCGUGUUUGACGAGCACGCCAAUGUGCUGUCGCUGUACUGGACGACGACCGACGUGCUGUCGUUCCUUACGCAGUCUGUCGAGGACGAGCACCUCCUCAAGAUCAAGCAGCGUCACGAGGGCCGUGCCACGGGUGCUGCACCUGCGGCUGACACGAGUGCGCUGUUUGACGACUCGACAGUGUCGGCCAAGUCGGCCCAGUACCACAAGUCGGCGACGCGCACGCCGCUGUCGUUUGAGGGCCUGCGCAAGACUGCCAACGGCCACCGUAUCCAGGACAUCAAGGAACUGUCGUCGCUGCCGGUCAUUAUCACUGCGGACAUGGCCAAGAGCCCGCCAGUGCUGGUGGUGUAUGCCUGCAACCCGUACUCGUCGUAAUCGCAACCGCAUCACACUCAUCUGUUUCUAUCGUCAAUUUCUUCAACAACAAGCAAGCCUUUGUUCCUAUCGCCCGUUCAUCUGUCUUGCGAGCAUCACAACAAUGGUCUGGUGUCAAAGCAUUCGUGGGCGGCGGGCGUACCGUGCGCGCCGUCUACGUGGGAGGGGG